UGACCCAGCAUGGAUGCCGUGGACGCCACCGUGGAGAAGCUCCGGGCCCAGUGCUUGUCCCGAGGGGCCUCAGGCAUCCAGGGUCUGGCCAGGUUUUUCCGACGCCUGGACCGGGAUGGGAGCCGGUCCCUGGACGCAGGGGAGCUCCAGCGGGGCCUGGCCAAGCUGGGACUGGUGCUUGACACAGCUGAGGCGGAGGGAGUGUGCAGGCGCUGGGACCGCGAUGGAAGCGGGACGCUGGACCUGGAGGAGUUCCUGCGGGCGCUGAGGCCCCCCAUGUCCCAGGCCAGAGAGGCGGUCAUUGCAGCUGCGUUCGCCAAGCUGGACCGCAGCGGGGAUGGCGUGGUGACUGUGGAUGACCUCCGGGGGGUGUACAGCGGCCGCGCUCACCCCAAGGUGCGGAGCGGGGAGUGGACAGAGGAGGAGGUGCUUCGCCGCUUCCUGGACAACUUUGACUCCUCUGAGAAGGACGGGCAGGUCACGCUGGCUGAGUUCCAGGACUACUACAGUGGUGUGAGCACCUCCGUGGACACGGAUGAGGAGUUCGUGGCCAUGAUGACCAGCGCCUGGCGGCUGUGA